AUGCAGAAUAACUCUGAGAUCGUGUUUGUGCUCCAGGGUCUGAACGACUCUCUGACAAACCGUCAGAUCUACUUCACCGUCGCUCUGACGUCGUACCUCUUCACCAUCUUCGUCAACCUGAUCCUCAUCGCCACCAUCUGUCUGGAGAAAGCGCUCCACGAGCCCAUCUACAUCUUCCUGUGUAACCUGUGUCUGAACGGCAUCUGCGGAGCGUCCAGUUUCUACCCGAAGCUGCUCCACGACCUUCUGGCCGACUCCCACGUCGUCACGUACACGGGCUGCUUGACUCAGCUGUUCGUGGUUUACUCUUACGUCUUCUGUGAGUUCACCAGUCUGACCGUCAUGGCGUACGACCGCUACCUGGCCAUCUGUAAGCCGCUGCAGUACCAGACGGUGAUGACGAUGCAAAGGGUGGCGCAGCUGCUGCUGCUCACCUGGAGCUUCUCCAUGCUGGAGUCGGGGGUGGGCCUGGGCCUGACGAUGAGCCUGCCGCUCUGCGGGCGCAACAUCCCGAAGAUCUUCUGCACCAACUGGGAGGUGGUGAAGCUGUCGUGCAUCGACACGACGGUCAACAACAUCUACGGCUUCGUGCUCAUGUUCUCGCACGUCUCGCAGACGGCGCUCAUCGGGGUGUCCUACACCCACCUGGUCCGAGCCUCGCUCAGGUUGCACUCCAACCGCAGGAAGUUCAUCCAGACGUGUCUGCCGCACCUCAUCACCCUGUUAGUGUUCACCAGCUCGCUGGUGUUCGACAUCAUGUACUCUCGUUACGGCAGCAGCACACUGCAGGUGCUGCAGAACGCGCUGGCUGCGGAGUUCCUGGUGGUCCCGCCCCUCAUCAACCCCAUCAUCUACGGCAUCAACCUGCACCAGAUCAGGUCCAGGAUCCUCCAAAACUUCACCCACAAACCACAUUCAUGA